CACAUGGCACACCGUACCACACGAAGCAGAGACAUCACAUAGGCUGAUACCAGACACCAGCUCAAACCUCGAGAGACACUUGCCCUGUCUGUCUGUCUGUCUGCUUUAUUUGGGUCCGUGGAUGACCAAGGCGACGCUCACAUACUGGAAAUGGGCUGCAGACCGCACACACAUACAAGUGGGUGAGCGAUGUGAGCUGUCGAUGAAUCUGUUCGAGUAUCUUACUCACCUAGGCCCAUCUCAUUCCCCAAUCGCACCAUCUCUGUCUUGAUGGUCUAUGGCUUUUCUGCAAAGAUCGGCCCUGUGUCGUCCUCGUCGGGCUCGAACCUGCUUGUCUGAUGACCGAUAUUCAAUCCAACAAGCGACUUCCUUUUGCCGAACCUGUAUAGACCAAAGCGUUUCCAAGUCGUCACUCACGGAGAGCAAUGAGCGCCCAUUUCUGUCGCUUACUUCUCAAUGUAAUCUGCAUUGAAUGGAACAAAGAGGAGAGAGACACGAAAGAUACACCAGUCAGAACCGGUGAUCUUUGGCUGAAAAUGAACAAUGCUUGCCUGAAGAAAACUCGUCAUCCUCCAAGGCGAGAAACCAGCGCCACGCCCUUUUGUCGUUGCUCCCAUCGAGCAGCUCGAGAUAACGAGGGUCGACAACAUUCAACCCGCAGAGCGUGAAACGGUAGUCUUCGUCUUUAUCCUUUGUUAUGGCCCUCCAGUUCUGAUGAACUAUCUCUAGACUGAUGUUGAAGUGCUCGGCCAAUAUGUCAUAGAGCAGUCGGUCCCUGCCCUUCAGAUACUCCACGCCAAUGCUCGAAGGGGUGUACUCAUAUUCGAGGGCGAUCGCCAAGGCCUGAAAACACACACAACAAAAAUACCUUCUGACGCACGCGUCCGGCGCACGCACAUGAGGAUACCUCUCUGUCCUUCUCCUGAAACCACUGUUUUAGUGACCCCACAAAUUUCUCCGUAAUCUUUCUUCUCCGCACCGUCUUACGCUUCCAAGAACCGAUCGACCAAGUCCAUCCUGAAGCAGCACGAGACCGCCAAGAAGAAGAAAUACCGCUCGGCCGUCUGCGACUCCCGCGUGACCUUCUGCCCUCUGGUGGUGACGUGUGACGGUGUGUGGGGACACGAUGCCAACGUGUUCAUCGCCCACAUGGCUCAUGCGCUGUUGGAGAAGGAGGGGUGGAAGGGUCGGGGGUUCAGUCAUGUGUCUGGAUGGAUUCGCUCUCGCUUGUCUAUCGCCCUCGCGCGUGCGACUAGCUUCUGUCUGCGUGGGGGAGGGAGGGGAGGGUUUGCGGGACUGGGGUGUGCUG